GGUUUUCUUCGCGGACAGGAUUUCUUAAAUAUAGAUCAGCCCAAUAACUCAUCCACAUGGCUCUGGCACUACCAAAAUCUUUGUUGAAAGACGUUGUGUCUAAUGUGCUUCAUUCAUCGCCAAUUCCCAGUUUUGCCACAUUUGUCGUCGGACUUGCCGAGACCAACAUCGAACGAUGGACUCAACCCUAGCAUCGAGCGUCAUCCCUCAGGGUCUAGGUAUCGAGAGCCUCCUACCUGAAUGCGCGAGUCAAUGUGUCUCAGCAAUACUGGCAUCGGCGCCCGUUGCUCAAGCUGCAGUCAAAUAUCUCUGUGCUGAACAACAACUAUAUGGGGCUGUAGGCUGCAGCUACCAAAAUUGCUCUGUCAUAGAUGGACUCAGGAGUCAAAGAAUCGUAUUCGACAUUUGUGGUCUCCCAAAUCGAGAUAGAGGUGCUUCUGCUACUGCUAGUGCCGUUGCAGGGGCUAUUGUGGCCGUAUUCAGUGUUGGCGUGCGCAUAUAUUCUCAACUUUCACGAUUGGACUAUAUCAUUGGACUAGAUGACUAUGCUCUCAUUUUCUCAGUGUUAAUGUCGGUCCCUAUGAGUGUUGUUGUUGUUUUCACUGUUCAAAACGGUCUUGGCAAAGACAUCUGGACUCUUACACCAGAGCAAAUCAACGAGUUCUUCAAAUUGUUUUACGUCGGAGAGCACUUCUACGCAUUCACCGUCAUAUUUGCGAAGACAAACUUCCUGUUUUUCUACUUGCGCCUUUUCGCCGAUGAAAAGUUUAGGCGCCUAACUUGGGGUGUCAUAUGGGCAUGCAUCUUAUCCGCAGUUUCUUUCCUCGUUGCGACCUCAGUGCAGUGCUGGCCUAUCAGCUACACAUGGACUAAAUGGGACGGAGAACAUCAGGGCCGCUGCCAUGAUAUCAACAUUCAGACUUGGGCUCAUGCAUCAGUGAACAUCGCACUUGAUGUUGUUGUAGUAGCGAUGCCCAUUUCGCAAAUUGUCAGACUAAACUGGCGAUGGAGACAGAAAAUUGGGGCCGGCAUGAUGUUCGCCGUAGCAUUAUUGAUCACUUUCGUUUCCAUCCUGAGGCUUAACUCCAUUAGAAACUUCAUGAAGACUUCAAAUCCAACAUGGGACAUUGUGCCAAUCUCUAACUGGUCCUUCGUUGAGUUGAAUGGUUUCAUCUUCUGCUCUUGCAUGCCCGCCUUUAGAGACUAUUUCCGUCGUCUGUUCGUACGACGAAGACGAACAAUUCGAGGUGUAAACUCCGUAUUCGGUGCCAGAGCAAGAAUGAGGACUGUUGGGAAUAGUGUCGUGCAACCGGGCGAUCGUUUACACGAGCUGAUUUCAGAUGACAAUGACGACAAUGAGCCUGAUCAUUCUCUGCGGGAUAUUAGUCAGGUGGAUCCGGGAAUUGGACAUCUUUCAACCGGUGUCUUGGCUGCUGAAAGGGUUGAAAGCGAACCGAAAGCACCAACCGCACAACCCUCAACUCGAGAUAGAGAACCGGACGAGGAGCCUGAAGAAGUGGAUCUCGGUGAUUUGAAACAUUUGGCACCUUGGGUCUCUGUAGCAACAGGUAAAGAGAAUGGCGAAUGCUCGGGCGUUAGGAUCCCGCGACCUGAUGAGAGUUCUCUGUGAGGUAAAUAUCGGGGCCAAGGACGGGAAUCAGUAAGGACACACAAGGAGUAGAUCAUUGCCAGGGAGGAGUAAUAGUCGCGACGAUUGCAAAUUCGAGGGACCGCCUAAAUCGAAGGGUUGAGAAAAUCUAUCAGGUAUUACCGUAUUAGAGGCUAGUUGAUAUGUUGGAUCAAUAGAUUGCCUCUGCAUAAGAAAGCAGAGGUCUAGUGUAAAAGAUUCCCAACUCAAUUGAAAUGACA